GUGUGGGAGGACCCGGGAUGGGAUGGGAGGAUCUGGAGCUCCUGAUCCACACGGUGUGCUCCCUGCUGUCCAACUAUGGCUGGUUCAUCCUCUUGGCCGCUGUCGUCAUCUAUUUCCUCAUCCAGAUGGUAUCCCAGAGCCUGGCGGGCAGGCCCGGCAGCCAGCAGGGAGCAGCCGAGGCGGCUGUGGAGCCUGACUUGGUGGUGAGGAGGCAGGAAGCCUUGGCAGCAGCUCGCCUCAGGAUGCAGGAGGAGCUGAAUGCACAAGCAGAAAGAUACAAAGAAAAACAAAGACAGCUUGAAGAAGAGAAGCGAAGGCAGAAGAUAGCAAUGUGGGAAAGUAUGCAGGAAGGAAAGAGCUAUAAAGGAAACCUGAAGCUGAACCAGCAAGAAGCAGAAUCUGCUGCCUCCACCUCUUCAGCAGUCCCCAAAUCCAAACCCAACAAAAAACCCUUGAGAGGAGGGGGCUAUAACCCCCUGUCUGGUGAAGGAGGUGGCACUUGUUCCUGGAGGCCAGGCCGGAGAGGUCCAUCAGCAGGAGGAUGAGGUUAACCUCCCAGCAGCUUUGAUCUUCCCCACUGUCUAACUGCCUACAGGUUGCAUGUCACAGUGACUCCUUGGGGCUGGGGCUUAGUGCUGCUGUGGACUUGAAACCUGAUUUACACCAUUUCCAAACAGCAGUGAAGAAACUGAGACUACACAAGAAAAAAACACCUGGUCCUUUGAGAGUGGCUGAAGACAAUUUGGGUGCCAUCAGUUCAUUUUCACUCUUCCAUAGAGGGGAAGAAUGGUCUCCAGCUCAAGCCUCCACCUGAGAAUGUGAGACCUGGGUUCUGUGGCUGUUCAGGAGACAGGUCUUGGGCAAACUGAAUUAACUACACUUGGUUUACCUCAGUAAAAUGAGGAUAUUUACCAUCCUCAGACAUGUGUUACCAGAGAGUUGCUGUGUUUGGCA